GUAAGACGAAAAAAAGCACAUACUCUCUUUGAUUCACACAAAAUAAAAGUAUACAAAAAAAAAAAAUUUCUAAUAAAAUUUAAAAGUGAAAUUUUGUGCAAUGUUCCCAUUAUUAUCAUAUUAUUAUUUAAUUAAAGUUUUAUAUCAAAAAUAAAUUUCAAAAUUUUUUGUAAGUCGUGCAGAAAAAUUCCAAAAAUUUCAAAAAAUCGCGAUUAAAAUAAAAAAGAAAUAAUGAGUAUUUGUAAUUCAUGUUCACAUGGGGAAGAUAAUGAAUUAGAGAAGAUUGAAAAUGUUCCAAUUAAAGAAAUUCGUCGGGAGAAAAAAGCUCAUUUUGUUCAAUUUAUUACAAUAUUGAGCGCCUACAUUUUUUUAAUAGACGGUGGCGCACAUAUGGUGUGGACAUCGCCUUCAUUACCAUAUUUAAAAAGUGAAAAUUCACAUAUUCCUAUAACACAAGAAAAAGCUUCUUAUCUUCUUUAUCUUAUUAGUUUCUCAUCAAUAUUUGGUCCAUUUUUAUAUUUAUUAAUAACAAAACAAUUGGGACGUAAAAAUACAAUUCUUCUACUUGGUACAUUACAAUUAUUAUCAUGGAUAUUAACAAAUAUUGCAACGAAUUAUACACUAUUGUGUGUGGCAAAAUUAACAUUUGGAUUGGCAUUUAGCGCUAUUUGCAGUGCAAUACCAAUUUAUAUUGGUGAAAUUGCUGAUAAACAAAUUCGUGGUACAUAUUUAUCUAUUAUUAUUAUUUGCUCAAGUAUUGGUGCAUUUCUAAUGGCAUUAUCGGGUGCAUUACUCAAUCAUAAAACAAUGAAUUUAGUUAUGACAAUGAUGCCAAUUUUUGGAUUUGCCAUGUCAAUUUUCAUGACUGAAACACCAUAUUAUUAUUUAAUGAAAGGUUUUGAGGAAGAGGCAAUACAAGUUUUAAUGAAAUUAACAUCGGUAACGAGACGAGAAUUAAUUGCCGAUGAUAUUGAAAGAAUGAAAAAGACAUUAAUUGAAAAUGAAAAAAUUGAAACAAAUAUUUUACGCGAUUUAUUUAUUGAUAAAGGUGGACGUAAGGCAUUUAUUAUUGUUGUAAUAACAGCAUCAUUUAGUGGUCUAUCCGGUUAUAUUGCAAUACAAGCGUUUGCUGAGGAAAUUUUAAGUUACAGUGACUCGGCAUUAUCGGCAAAACAUGGAACAAUGAUUUUAACGGGAAUACAAAUUUUUUCCGGACUAACGUCAUCGUUAUUGAUUGAUACAUGGGGUAGAAAACCAACAUGUUUAAUAUCAGGAUUAUUAUCGUCAUUAAGUUUGGCAAUGGUGGGAAUUUUUUAUUUAUUUCAAUAUUUUUUUCAAUUUGAUGUAAAAUUUUUUGCAUUUGCACCACUUGUUGGCUUAAUAUGUUUUACAUUUUCAUGUAAUAUUGGAAUUAAUCCAAUAUCAUUUAUUUAUGUUGGUGAAAUAUUUCCAAUUCAUUUAAAAGAAUAUGCCGCAAUGACUGGUGGUAUUACAUUUUCCAUUGGAUGUUUAACAUCAAAUUUUAUAUUACAUUCAUUUAAUGCCAAUGGUAAUAUUUAUGUGGCAUUUUGGAUUUUUUCUAUAUUUUGCAUUUUACAAGCAUUUAUUGUUUGGUUUGUUAUGCCAGAAACAAUGGGUAAAAAUCUUGAGGAAAUUUUAUUAAUAAUGGGCUAUGAAAAGAAACAAUCUGAGAAAAAUAAUAUUUGUUAAAUUGUUAUUUUGAUAAAUAAAUAUAAAUAUAAUUAGAAA